AUGCCAUUGACGGACUUCAAGGUCGGCGAGAAGUACAAAUACCAGAAUGGCUUGGGCUCAUAUCACGAGACCGAGGCGGUAGAUGGUGCCUUGCCCAUAGGGACCAACAGCCCUCAGAAAUCGCCAUUUGGUCUGUACAACGAGAAGCUGUCCGGUACAGCCUUCACAGCACCACGAGGAGAGAAUCAACAAAGCUGGCUUUAUCGCAUCCUCCCAGCAUCGGCACACAAGCCUUUCGAGGCUCGAGAGACAGACACAUUUGACACAAAUCCAGGCAUACAUGAUUGGGUCCACAGUCUGAGACUGGUGGCUGGUGCUGGUGAUCCGACCAUGAAAAGUGGUCUGGGAAUAUUCAUCUUCGCCGCUGGGAAGGACAUGAAUCCUCACGAGGCGUUCUACAGCGCGGACGGCGACCUCUUGAUUGUCCCUCAACAUGGUGCACUCGACAUCCAGACCGAACUAGGCAAGAUCCUCGUCCGGCCGAACGAGAUCUGUGUCAUACCACGAGGUAUUCGGCACCGCGUGACGCUGCCUGAGGGUCCAGUCCGAGGAUACAUUUUAGAGCUAUACCAAGGCCACUUCGGACUCCCAGAACUAGGACCCAUUGGAUCAAACGGCCUGGCAAACGUCCGCGACUUUCAAGCACCGGUCGCUCACUUCGACGAAGACACUGAGAAUGAGUACACUCUGUUUGCCAAAUUCAGCGGGCACCUCUUCGCCGCAAAGCAGAACCACACGCCUUUCGAUGUGGUGGCUUGGCAUGGCACUUACUACCCUUACAAGUACGACCUUGGCCGCUUCAACACAAUUGGAUCAAUCUCAUACGACCAUCCAGAUCCAUCUAUCUUCACCGUCCUGACGGCUCAAUCCGAACAUGCAGGCACAGCAAUAGCAGACUUCGUCAUCUUCCCGCCUCGCUGGCUGGUAGCUGAGAACACAUUCCGCCCACCAUGGUAUCACCGUAACACGAUGAGUGAGUUCAUGGGGCUCAUACAUGGUCAGUAUGACGCAAAGACCGGCGGUGGCUUCCAGCCUGCUGGAGCUUCACUACACAACGUCAUGAGUGCUCACGGUCCCGACGCGGCGACGCAUGAGAAAGCUAGUAAUGCCCAGCUGAAGCCUAUGAAGGUUGGAGAGGGAAGUAUGGCGUUCAUGUUCGAGAGUUGUUUGAUGGUCGGUGUGACAGAGUGGGGACUGAAGAAGUGUGCUAAGGUGCAAGAGGGUUAUAAUGCAGAGUCGUGGGAGCCAUUGAAACCUCACUUCCAGCGACCAACGCCGGCGGAGAUCGUCAACGGCACUGCUCAUGGCACCAAAGGGCCGGCGGCAAAUGGGGCACAGGUGCCUCACUAUACAUAA